CACGAUUUCUCCGAGACCUUCAACAUCAACCCAUAACCCACCUAAAUCAUGGCUGCUGGAACUGUUGUUACGCUGGACAUGGCAAAGUUCUUCCUCGGGAGUGAGGAAGAACGAGCCCAGUUUUCUCGCGACUUAUUGCAAUGCUUUGCGAGCCAGGGGUUUGUUAAGCUGAUCAAUCACGGCGUCCCUAAUGCUGCCAUCGACAAGGCAUUCGAAUGGAACCGUUCCUUUUUCGAACUGCCCCAAGACAUCAAGAAGAAGUAUCCUCAUCCACCCUGUGCUAACCCCAACCGCGGAUGGGUGAGCCUCGGUCAAGAGAAGAGCUCGGCGAUCAAAGAUUUUGAGAAAGGGGUUUGUAAGGAGCACAAGGAGGUCUUUGAUGUGAAGGAGUCGUUUGACAUCGGAAAUCCCGAAGACCCUAUGUACGACAACAUAUGGCCGGAUGAGAGUGAGGCACCAGGCUUCCGCUCUUUCUUCGAGAUCUUCUACGAGCUUCUUCACGUGGCUCAUUUGAACAUUCUGAAGGCGCUGGAGAUGGCCCUGAGCACCAAAGACCAGCCAUUCGAGGUUAGAAAGCACUGUAUGCCCAAUGUCAGCGAAAUGCGCUUGAAUUAUUAUCCCGCAGUUGAUAUCCGUGAUCUGCGAUCCGGCCACAUGAGCCGCAUAUCUGAGCAUACGGACUUUGGGACAGUCACCCUGCUCUUCCAGGACUCCGUCGGAGGACUGGAAGUUGAGGACCAGUCCAACUUGGGCACCUACUUCCCCGUGGAGUGCGAAAACAAGCAUGUCAUGCUCGUCAAUAUUGGGGAUAGCCUGCAGCGGCUAACCAAUGAUUACCUCACGUCGGUCAGCCAUCGAGUGACGCUGCCCAUCUCCGCGCGGGAGCGAGAGGAAGGACAGCUGAAGGAACGCAUGUCCGUUACGUACUUUGCCAAAGUGGCUCGCGAUAACUCCAUCUACCCCUUCGGGCAGUUUGUGUCCGAGACCAAUCCGGCCAAGUAUCCCCAUAUGACGGCGUAUGAGUGGAACCAGAUCAAGUUGGAAAAGAUCUACGGAGCCUGUUAGAUGGAAAUGCCCUUUUGUGGCAAGAGAGAGAGCCAACAGACAGAGACCCCGAAUGAAAGGGAG